CUAAAAUUUCUUUGUUUCUCUCUCUUCUCUCUCUCUCUCUCUCUCUCUCUCUCUCUCUCUCUCUCUCGUGUGUCCCUUCAAUCAAUUUCCCUCCACACUUUACGGCGCCGCUUCUUCGCCGAUCCAGACCACCUCCGAUCAUCCCACCUCCAAUCCAGCUACACCAACAGAUUGCCCGGCCUCACAACCCCAAAAACCCCAACAUCGCUUCCUUGAUCCGCCAAGGGAAAGUGUUUGAUAAAAUGUUUCAAUGAGAUAUUGAGUUGGAGAUUAGGAAAUAGUUGAGGAAGUAGAAAGAAGAAGUAGACAAAGAUUUUUGAGCUUUGAAUAUGCAGUUGAAUGUAAUAUAGAGUAUGUUUUGAGGCAUUGAGUGAGGUUGGUCAACAAUUGGUAGCUUUGAACUACAUUGUAUCAAUAGUUUUGGAAGGGUUUUUCCUGAACUAAGCCAAAUCUUGAGAAGUCAAGUUUGCAAGUUUUGGAACACAGCACGGGUCUUGUGGGAGCUUUAACCGCGGCAAAUGCAGCAGUGCCAAAGCCAUGUCAAGAUUUUUGACUUCUCAGUAUACUAAGAGAGUUGCAAGUUCUAUACAUAAAAGCCAGGGGCAUAGCUAUACGAAUUCAGGGAACAAUGGUGCAGCUGCCAUUGGGUUAAAUAUUCCUAGAUACAAAUUGUAUUCGCAAUACAGAUAUUCUGAUAGAGUUCAUACUUCACACCCAUUGUAUAGCAGCACGAAGUGUUUUGGCAAGACUAGUCUUUCAAGGAAUUUCUCUGUGUUUUCAGCAAGUAGCGCUGUCUCGCAUCAUGCCCAAAUUGCAUGGAAAAGACUUUCUCAAAAGUGUUAUUCCAAUACUCGUACUAUUUCCCCCAUAAAUAGGAUCGCUCAAGCAGUUAGUCUAGCUAUAACUCGAUCUCAUCCCAUUGUUCCCGGUAUUUUUGCCUUCACCUGUGGACAGGUAGCAUGGGCAGAGAGAUCAUUCAUGGAAGUAGAGCACCCAUCAAAGAAUUCUUUUUAUAUGCAUGCACAAGAUGGGCGUGCUUACAUGACCUCAUUACUUUGGUCAGUUUUAGAAGGGUUUAUAUUGUUUGUAAGAGCUCUCUAUCUAUCGAUUUUGUUCACACCUAGUAUAAUGAUGGCACCAUUUGCGGAUAGUUUUGGAGUUCAGUUCAGGAAAACUUGGCUUCAGGUUGUUCAUCGUACCUUGGAAAAAGCAGGCCCAGCAUUCAUCAAAUGGGGCCAGUGGGCUGCUACACGACCUGAUCUUUUCCCUAGGGAUUUAUGCAACCAGCUUGCGGAGCUUCAUACAAAAGCUCCCGAACAUAGUUUUGCAUAUACAAAGAAAACUAUCGAAAGAGCAUUUGGCCGCAAGCUAUCUGAAAUAUUUGAGAAUUUUGAGGAGACACCUGUGGCAUCUGGAAGUAUUGCCCAGGUUCAUCGAGCAUCGUUGAGAUUUCGCUACCCUGGUCAAAAGGUCAAGCCCAUGACAGUUGCUGUCAAGGUCAGACAUCCUGGUGUUGGUGACUCAAUUCGAAGAGAUUUUAUGAUAAUAAAUUUUGUAGCAAAAGCUUCGAAUUUCAUUCCUACACUGAAGUGGUUAAGACUGGAUGAAAGUGUACAGCAGUUUGCAGUUUUCAUGAUGUCCCAAGUUGACCUUGCUAGAGAAGCUGCUCACUUGAGCCGCUUUAUAUACAAUUUCCGUCAAUGGAAGGAUGUUUCAUUCCCUAAGCCUGUCUAUCCGCUUGUGCACCCUGCCGUUCUGGUGGAAACUUUUGAGCAAGGAGAGAGUGUCUCACACUAUGUUGAUGAACUCGAAGGCCAUACUCGCAUUAAAUCAGCACUUGCUCACAUCGGCACACAUGCACUCUUAAAAAUGCUUCUGGUGGACAACUUCAUACAUGCAGAUAUGCAUCCUGGAAAUAUCCUUGUUCGGGUGGGUCAGAGUAAGUCUCCUCGAAAAAGACUUUUCAAAUCGAAACCUCAUGUCAUAUUCCUCGAUGUUGGCAUGACUGCCGAACUAUCUGGAAGUGACCGAGUAAAUUUACUAGAAUUUUUCAAAGCUGUUGCUCGUCGAGAUGGUCGCACAGCUGCUGAGAGUGCAUUGAGACUAUCUAAACAACAGAAUUGUCCAAAUCCAAAGGCUUUUAUUAAGGAAGUGGAAGAAUCAUUCACUUUUUGGGGUACUCCAGAAGGUGACAUAGUACAUCCCGCCGAGUGCAUGCAGCAAUUGCUCGAGAAAGUGAGGCGUCAUAGAGUCAACAUCGACGGCAAUGUCUGUACCGUCAUGGUGACAACAUUAGUUCUCGAGGGUUGGCAACGAAAACUCGACCCCGGCUACAAUGUGAUGGAUACACUGCAAACUCUGCUACUCAAAGCCGACUGGGCUAAGUCUCUUACUUACACGAUCGAGGGGUUGAUGGCCGCGUGAGAAACCUCUCGCUCUCGUCGUCAUCGUCGUCUGAUGAUGAUACUUGUUAAAAACAGUUUUGACAGUUAACAAAGAUAUACAAGACCUAAGAAAAUUACAUGUUUGUUUGUUUAUCUUAGGCAUUCUUCUUUUUGUUCAAUUAUUCUUUUGUCAUAUCCUUUAGGGGAAUUUGCUUCUAAUAUUUAACAACGAAGGGAAAAUAAUAAUCCUUAUUUUUUGUCAUUUUCAUAAAAGAAAUCUCAAAACAUGACAGGAAAAGAAACAAAUAAAGUGGACUGUGUAUUAUUCUUUUA